AUGGCGUUGGAUACUGGUGAAAAAACUAUUAUUAAUUAUGCUACUGAAGGUAGUUUUGAAGAUGUUGAACGUUUACUCAAAAAUCAUGUUCCUGUUGAUGUUCAUGAUGAGCAUGGAAUGACACCAUUACAACAUGCAGCAUUUAAAGGACAUGCAAAUAUAUGUUCUCUUCUGUUAGCACAUAGUGCUGAUGUUAAUGAUCACGAACAUGAUCAAGGUUAUACGGCUCUCAUGUUUGGUGCUCUCUCAGGUAAUAAUGAAGUUGUUCGUAUUCUUCUUGAAGCGGGUGCUAAACCUCAUCAGACAAAUCGUAUUAAUCGAACAGCUGCUCAAUUGGCUGCAUUUACUGGACAAAAACAAUGUGUUGAUACAAUAAAUAAUUAUGUAACACUUGAAGAUUUGAAUAAAAGGAAAUAUAAUAAUUUAUUUCCAGGUCAAGAAACAGAAGGUAAAUUACCGGAAUCUUGUAUGCAAGGUUUUCAACGUUUACUUAUUACAAUUAAUUUCAAUCCUGUUCAUUUGCUCAAUCUUAUUUGUAAAUAUCCAGAAUUAUAUCAAACAAAAUCAAAUCUCAAACGAAUUUCAAAUACACUUUCAUUAAUAAUUGAACGAUCAUUAGAUCCAUUUCAUACAAAUGAACCAAAUGAUACACUUGCAAUAAAAUCACAUUAUAUAAAAGCAUUAAUUGAUAUUUUAUUAGAAAAAAAUACAGAUGAUAUUGACAAAGUUUGUAGUGAAUUACGAAAAAAAUUUGCACAUGGAAAUGAAAAUGAUGGUUUUCGAAUAUAUGAAGAAAAGUUCAUUCGAGAAACUAUUCGUAAUUUUCCUUAUAAACAAUGUCCACUUCUUCAGCAACUUGUCAGACUUAUCGCUCCAAUUUCAUUAAUAUCAAAUAUUAUGCAGAGUUUGGUAUCGAAUAUAAAAGGUAAAUUAACUGGUAAUUUAUUGACGAAAACUUCUAAUGAAAAAUCAUCAUCAAAUUCAAAUGAUUCAUACGGUUUUCGUAAAAUACAAAUACCUGAAGCUAAAAUAGGCUUAGGAUCAACAGAAGGUGAUUUGAUUCAUAUGGUUAAAAAAUAUCUUGAAAUUGUUGGACUUGUUCUUAUUGUUUGGAUAAUUGGUAAGAAAAAAAAAACAAUUGUCACUUCAUUAUAA